UAAACUUACAUUGUUAAAUGAUUGUAUCGUCCGGUACAAAGUAGCAAGAUAUGCUGAUAAUCCGAUAAGUUAGCUAUAAAAGUCAAUUCUUAUAGUUUUAUAAUGUCAGUUUCUUCCUAAAAACCGACUAUAGGAGGAGGGUGUGUUAUUUUUCAAUCCUCAGAAGUGAAUCUGUUGGAAUGAGAGAUUUAUUAAUACUGGUCAUUGCCGUUUUGGCAGUGACAGGAAACACUUUUGCCGAAAUACACGAAAUUCCAACAAAAUGUCCAGAAUCUUCAGGCAAAACCGUACAGCUCGCUCACAAACACGACUGUACCAAGUUUUACGAGUGUUCCAAUGGGCAGAAACAACUCUCGAAUUGCCCAGAAUUUGCCCCGGGACAGAAGCUACAUUUCGACCCUGAACUUCAAAAUUGUACUUUCCCAUGGGAGGCAAAUUGCGCGUCAAGAGCCCCGGAUUGUUCAAUAGACGAAUUCAUACAACCUCAUCCCACCAACUGCAGCCUAUAUUACAAAUGCGAGAAUGGGGAAAAAGUCUUAAAAACGUGUGACGAGGAGCAGCUGUUUUGUUCUGACUCUCUAGAAUGCGUACACAAGGAUGCCGCCAAGUGUAAAGUUUACGAUUCAUGUCCAACAAGUAAAUUGUUGGAGGCUGUACUUCUCCCGCACCAUCGUCGAUCGCUGUAUUACGAAUGUGUUGAUGGACAAUAUGCUGUAAGACGGUGCCCAUUGGGUCAUGUAUUCGACAAUGAAGUUAGGUUAUGCGUGUCUAAACUUCAUUGUCCUGCAACCGGUAUUAAGAGAAUUUCUCAUGAGACGCAUUGUGGUUUGUAUUACGAAUGCGUGGAUGGUGUUAGGGUAGAAAAAGUUUGCGAAGAUGGAUUGUCUUUCGACGAAACCAAGGGUAUAUGUACCUGGUCUGCGAGUAACGAGUGCUCAUCGAACUUCAAUCAAACCGACCUGGCUAUAUACUCUGUACCUCAUGCAGCGGAGGGAGGAGAUGUCGUAGAUUGUCCACCAGAGGGAUAUACAUUCAUACCACACGAAUGCUCUUGCACCAAGUAUUACUCUUGCGAAGACGGAAACAGGUUUCUAGAAGAAUGUCCUGAAGGCAUGAUGUAUGAUUAUAUUAGAAAAGUUUGCGAUUUACCGCAUGUCGCCAUAUGUAAAAACCAAAGGUAUGCAGACGACAUUUUCCUAGAUCCAAAUUGUCAUGAUUCACCUGACUGUCCACCCGGUAGCCAUGCUCGCUUCCGUCAUAAUCAGUGUAGGUUAUAUUAUGAGUGCUAUAGCGGUCAGAAAUGUCUUCGGAGGUGUUCUGAAGGACAUGUCUUCAAUCCAAAUUUGAAUGUGUGCGAUCUACCUAAGAACGUACCCGGCUGCGGCGGAGGCGGCGGAGGCGGCAGUGACGUACCUGACGAUACGACACCUCAUAAUACAGACUAUGAUUGUACUCCUUGUAAUAAUUGUUAUAAUUGUAUUACUCGGUUCGCUUAUCCAGAAAACUGUAAUCUGUAUUAUCAAUGUGUAUAUGGACAGAAAGUGAGAAAGCAAUGUCCUCAAAAUCUAGUAUUCGAUCCCAUAAAUCAGAUUUGUGAUUAUCAGGAAAAUGUACAUUGCACACCCACAACUACGAGUUCGACCACGACCACGACCACGACCACGACCACGACCACGACCACGACCACGACCACGACUACGCCCCGGCCCCUUUGCUAUGAAGGACAGCUAAUACAUCACGAGUGUCAAUGCGAUCAAUAUUACGUAUGUCGCAAUGGCAAAAAGCAAUGGUUCAGGUGUAACCCAGGCCAAUCGUUUGAUUGGAUAAUCUCACAAUGUGUGGCAAAAGAAACGGCUAUCUGUUACCCUGAUCAAAAGAACGAUUGCGAAGGCACCUGUUUGUCAAGCAAUAGCCGCUUGGCCCACAAGGAAUGCGACAAGUAUUGCACGUGCGAUGGUGGAAGGGCCAAAGUUCAGAACUGUCCAAGCGGUCUGUAUUACGAUAGAGUAUCAGGAACAUGUGCCUGGCCUGAAAACGCAGAAGUAAAAUCGGACUGCCCGCAUAUAACUGACUGUACCAGAGCUUCCAGGCCUGUACCCCAUAAUUGUGAAUGUAAUUUUUACUAUACAUGCGAAGAAGGAGGCAAAUAUUUUGCAACAUGCCCUGGUGAAUCAUAUUUUGAUUAUGUACUCGGAUACUGUGUGGAUAGAGAGCCCCAUUGUUAUCAUGAAUAUUCGACAAAUAGAACGGCCGAUAACUGUAGAGGCUACUGUCCGGAGCAGACGCCUUCUAGUCCGAUUACCCGUUUGCAACAUACAGAUUGCGACAAAUACUGCGUAUGUUCACUGGGAGCUCCUUAUGUCGUCAACUGCCCUCCAUGUAGUCGGUAUGACAGUCAACGGGAGGCCUGUGUAAGUUCAAAUUCUUGCAACUGCAAUACACGGCCAAGCAAAAGUUUGUGGUCGAAUAUACCAUUUGUGAAUAAUUUUCUUUUGUUAUAUCUGUUGUUCAUUGCUGUCACUAUAGCGACGGCGGACGAAAAUUGUCCUGAAGUAGUAUCUCAUGACUGUACUCCAAUGCAGCAAUGCGUUGGUAAAGGAAACUGGACGUAUACGCAUCAUAUUCCUUAUCCGGACGACUGUCAUAAAUAUUAUAAAUGCUUAGGAAGUAUGGCAUGCCUACUAUGCUGUCCAAGAUUCAGUGGACAAAAUCGACUGGUCUUCAAUCCAGAACAGCAGGUCUGUGACUGGCCAUUUAAUAUACAAAAACCAGAAGCAAAAUGCUAUGACAUUUUCCCACCGACCACGCCGCCAACUACUCCACCGGAACCGACCACGCCGCCAACUACUUCACCAGAACCGACCACGCCGCCAACUACUUCACCAGAACCGACCACGCCGCCAACUACACCACCGGAACCGACCACGCCGCCAACUACUUCACCAGAACCGACCACGCCGCCAACUACUUCACCAGAACCGACCACGCCGCCAACUACACCACCGGAACCGACCACGCCGCCAACUACUUCACCAGAACCGACCACGCCGCCAACUACUUCACCAGAACCGACCACGCCGCCAACUACACCACCGGAACCGACCACGCCGCCAACUACUUCACCAGAACCGACCACGCCGCCAACUACUUCACCAGAACCGACCACGCCGCCAACUACACCACCGGAACCGACCACGCCGCCAACUACUUCACCAGAACCGACCACGCCGCCAACUACACCACCGGAACCGACCACGCCGCCAACUACUUCACCAGAACCGACCACGCCGCCAACUACUCCACCGAAACCGACCACGCCGCCAACUACUCCACCGAAACCGACCACGCCGCCAACUACACCACCGAAACCGACCACGCCGCCAACUACACCACCGAAACCGACCUCGACCCCUAUCCCAACUCAUGCGCCGAUAGUAAGUAAUUGUCCAUCAAAUGGAUACGUAAUGAUAGAGCAUGAAACUGACUGCGAUAAGUAUUACGUAUGUCGCAAUGGAACAAAAUCGGCUGUAAAAAAUUGUCCAGUAGGUCUGCUUUUCAACCCUAUAAUUGGUACAUGUGACUUGAAAGAUAAUGUUCACUGUACGUAA